AUGAGUUCACAUACAACAUCAAAUAUUCAUUUGACAUCAACCGCCGCUACUAACACCACUCAGAAUGCAGUAGCAUCAUCGUCAUCAUCACAACUUCCACCAGUCCAAUCGAUAUGGACAAAAACA